AUGAGCGAGAUAAUCAAGUUCAAGACCCUAGGCUUCAUCGGCCUAGGGGCCAUGGGGAAACCCAUGGUUGUCCAUUUAGCAAAUAAGCUGCCCCCGGAAUCGCGCAUAUAUGUUUUCGACGUGGUUGCGCAGGUUAUGGAUGAGUUGUGCGCGCAGUUUCCCGACCGGAUUCGAAAAGCUUCGAGCGCGAGAGAUGUUGCGCAGCGAGAAAUUGUAGUGACGAUGGUUCCUGAAGGAUCGCACGUUCGGUCCGUCUAUCUCGAUCCGCAAAACGGCAUCUGCAGUACCGACAUUUCGACCAAGUUGCUCAUCGAUUGCUCGACAAUAGACACUGCGACAAGCCUGGCUGUGAAGGGCUACAUCUCCCAGAAUUUCCCCACCGCGUCCUUCUACGAUUCGCCGGUUAGUGGAGGCGUGGUUGGAGCUAUAAAAGGAACGAUAGCUUUUUUCUUGGGAUGUGCGGAAUCCGAUCCAAACGUAAAGCGCUUGACACAUCUGAUGAGUUUGAUGGGCAAGGAAGUAAUCCCUUGUGGCGGUCCAUCCCUGGGGCUUGCGGCGAAGCUCUCGAACAACUAUCUCUCAGGAAUCAUUGCGAUUGCUUGCUCGGAGGCAAUGGACAUGGGAAUGCGGUCAGGUCUUGACCCGCGAACGCUGGCAAAGGUCUACGCAGCGGGAACUGCACAGAAUACGAUAUGUGAUCGCUUCAACCCCGUGCCACACGUUUACCCCGAGUCCCCUUCAUCAAAAGGAUAUAAAGAGGGGUUCAAGGUUCAACUGAUGCGCAAGGACUUUUCACUGGCAGUAGACAUGGCAAAGCGUGUUGGCUCGAAGAAUGUUCUUGGUGAGGUUGGAUUGAAAACAUAUGACGGUGCUAGUAGGGAUGCUCGAUGUCGAGAUCUUGACUCUCGUGUAGUGUACAGGUAUCUGGGAGGCCAAGAGGACUGGCAAGAGAGGCCCAAUGGCUCGUAA